GGGAAAGUAAAAAAAUGGUUCUGACUACUAAUUACCCUAUUGGUUCACUCAACGGCGGCGCCUUUGAUGUCGCUAUUUCGGAAUCUGUGACCUUGAUUGAAAGAUUUACAGCUACAGGUCCGUGUAAAGAUCAAAGUAUUUAGUGAAUAUUUCAUAGAAAUGUCGGAAAGAAUGCCUCCGUCUUUGAGUCAAUACUUUGGCGAAAAAACCGACGAUAAAGUAAAGACAAUAGACCUAUCUGAAGAACUAAAUGAAGCUUCCACAAAAAUAACCGACCUUAAACUAGUUGAUGACAAUCUCCCAAGUGCUCAGAAAAAUGAACCAGAAGUGUGUCGCAUAUUCGCCGAAACGCCACCACAGGCCAAAGAUCAGACGACAUCAUUUUUCGAUUUAAUUGGAAACAAUCACAGCGUCUCCAACGGCUUGAUAUCAAAUCUCGACAUAACACCAAACAACGACGAUGGCUUUUGUCCUAGAGUGGCUCUAGGUUCGGAAUCGGACCGCAGGAGAGAUGCGUGGAUACCUAACGAGAGGACCAGACAGUGCCUCAUUGCGUGUUCCACAGCAGCUCCCGGAACGUAUUUUCCGGACAGAGAACUCCUCACCAUGCCUGGAGUCCUACUAGAAGAGGAUUUGGGCGACACUAUUGGGGAAGCAGUCACUUUGUGUCUUGGGGAGGCAGAAGCCGCGCAACGCAGUAUUUUAUCUGAAAGUGACGUCACGCAGGAUGAAAGGGGGCUGAGAGAGUUAGUUCAGGCAGGUUCAUACCGAGCAGCAAUUAAUCUAACUGCGAGACUUUUGACCAUUUAUGGUCAGGGUCGAGGCCGUGCGGGUCAUCCUAGCAAACAUUCGCCUCACUCGUUGCAAUUAUGGUUCACCCGUAUUGCCCUUCUAGUCAAAAUCAAAGCCUUUGGAAUUGCUCAAUCGGAAGCUGCCCCUUUUGGUCAGCUCGACAAACCGGACGUUUUUUACCAAUUUUAUCCCGAGAUGUAUGGGGGUCGUCCAGGCUCCAUUGCUUCGUUUUCGUUUCGUUUACUUUUAAGCGAACUGCCAAUGCAUUGCGGCAAACCCAAUGACUCAUUAACAAAACUGUACAGUAUGAAAUCUACAAUAAAACAAAUGUUGGAUAACUUGAAGCAAGGGCUGAGCGAGGACGGCAGUCCCAUUGAAAUCAGCGAAUUAGAUCGUACGGAUUCAAUCCGACUUUGGAUGGGGCGUGAAACUAGAGUCAUGCACUCUAUUGUUAACUGCGCUCUAGCUUUAAAAGAUUACGAAUUGGCAAUCGUGGUAAUGGAGGAGUUGUGUCACAGGGAUGGCACAGCACGACAUAUGUUAUAUUCAGCUUUAGGGAGGUUGAGACUGCAAGUAGGCGAUGUGGCUGGAGCAGAGACUUGUUUUGAUGAAGCAAGGGCUUUGAGGGGCAAUACGACGGAUUUGAGGGAAUACGUGGAUCGGGGGUUGUUAGCCGUGGCGCAGAAUUCGUUCGAUGAGGCCUACGUCUGCUUCCAGCAAGCCAGUACUCUCGACCCUACAAAUGUUAUGAUCCUUAACAACAUGGGGGUAUGCCUCCUCUACGGCGGCCACCUCAAGGAAGCCAUAAAGGUGUUAGAAAGUGCCAUAGAAUCGAAUCCAGUUCACGCCCUCCAUGAGUCUUUGCUUUUAAAUUUGUGUACUUUGUAUGACAUGGAGUCGUCUAAAGGCCGUAUGAAAAAAUUUGCUCUUUUGAGACAAAUAUCGAGGUAUCAAGCAGAUGCCCCCACGACCAUUCUUGAGAAACUCUAUGGAUAAUUGUGUGGAUUUGUUAAUUGUUUAUCUGUGAUUCCCCUAAGUUAAAUGAUUUUCUUUAGCACUAAUUUAUUUGCAUUUGUGUAAGGCGCAAUUAAUGAUUUUCCAUCCAAAUCAUGGCCUAGACGAAACAAUUUUUAAAUAAAAAUAGGUCAAUAGUUAUCAUCACGUUUUCUUCAACAUCACAAUGAGAUAAGUGCCUUAAAAAUGCAGAGGCAUCUCCUAAUAAUCUCAGUUAAGUGCACCAGUAUGGUUUGAAUAUUCACGUUUCAGUAUUAAAAGUUGCUACUAAAAAUAUUCAUUGGACAAAGAAACUAUUACAAAGUUUUCUAGACGUAGUUAAGGUGGUUGUGCAGGCACAAUAACGUAGAGGUAGGGGUGUUCAAAGUGUUGUGAAUUGUAGCUACUUCUAGAAAUUAUGUCAAACGUCGAAGGAAUUAUUGUAUAUUUUCAUUCAAACCUGUGUGUACGCUACAUUUAUCAGUAAGCAAUAUUUUCAUGAAAUCUGUUACGAAAGUUUAUUUCAAGUUUCACUAUUUAUUACACUGCAUCUCAAUAAAUGUCUACACAAUGAA